AUGAUUGUGCCCAACGUGAGCAUCAGCGGCUGCACAAGGGCCAAUAGCGCGCUGUGUGCGGGUGCUGGAGACAGAAAUCUGGAAGCGUCAUACCGCACCACCCUAAGCCCGACCGGGAACCUGAUAGUCGCUGUGUGUUUGGGCUUUAUUGGUACCUUCGGAUUCCUCAACAACCUUCUGGUUCUCGUCAUCUUCUGCCGCUACAAGGUGCUGCGCUCGCCUAUCAACCUGCUACUGAUCAACAUUUCCUUCAGUGAUCUGCUGGUGUGUGUGGUGGGCACUCCGUUCAGUUUCGCGGCAAGUACACAGGGAAGAUGGCUCAUAGGAAAAAGUGGAUGUGUAUGGUACGGCUUUGCCAAUUCACUAUUUGGUAAGUGUACUAUAUAGUUGCUUCAUUAUUAGCGUUUGGUUAUGUUUCAAAUGUGGUUGUAAAAGAGGUAUAGGCUAUCAUCGAUGCGGUGUACGCUUUUGGAAUCUGGCCAGGACAAUGCGUAAAGAGGGGAUAUAUAUAUAUGCUUGGUAUUAUUUUUUGACAGUUUGAUUUGAAUAUCACAAUUGCACAUCGAUAG